AAAUGUCUUUAAUAACAAAAGCAUUACGUGUUUGUUAUACUUCAAAACAGCCGGCGAUAGCGACUGCACUUAGUUUUAAUAAAAUCAAGUCAUCUUUCCACACUAAUCCAUUUCGGUACAAGCCCGUACAACUGAAGAUGGCAGAAAAAACUUUACCAAAAAUUUUUAAAUAUGUUGAUGAGAAUGUUGAAUCUUAUAAAAACUUAUUAAAGGAUGCUGUUGCAAUUCCAUCGGUUUCCUGCGAUCCUAAAUACCGAGAAGAAUGCGUUAAAAUGGUAUACUGGAUGAGGGACAAGUUAAAAGAAGUCGGUGCAUCGACUGAAAUAAGAGAUGUAGGUUAUCAGAAUUUCGAUGGCAAGGAAGUAAAACUACCACCGGUUCUGGUUGGCGUUCUUGAAAAUGAUCCCAAAAAAAAUACAAUCUGCAUUUAUGGCCAUUUAGAUGUCCAACCUGCUCUUAAAUCUGAUGGCUGGGAAUCUGAACCAUUUGAUUUAGUGGAGCGUGAUGGAAAGUUGUUUGGUAGAGGUGCUACAGAUGAUAAGGGACCAGUACUCGGUUGGCUUCAUGCUAUCAAUGCAUACAAAGCUACUGGCGAGGAGCUGCCAGUGAAUCUCAAAUUCGUAUUUGAAUGUAUGGAAGAAUCUGGUUCAGAGGGUCUUGAUGAGUUGCUAAUGCAGAAAUUGAAGCCGGAAGGUUUCUUUGAUUCUGUGGACUUUGUCUGUAUUUCUGACAACUAUUGGCUGGGAACCACUAAACCUUGCAUCACUUACGGUCUGAGAGGCAUUAGCUAUUAUUUCUUGGAGGUUGAAUGCGCUAAAAUGGAUCUCCACAGUGGUGUAUAUGGAGGAACUGUACAUGAAGCCAUGUCCGAUCUCAUAUACCUUAUGAACACUCUGGUUGAUAAAGAUGGUAAGAUCUUAAUCACCGACAUAUACAAGUCGGUAGCACCGCUCACAGAUAAUGAACAGAAACUGUACAAUACAAUCGACUUCAACCCAGAGGCCUACAGACAAUCAAUAAGCGCCCAUAAACUGGCCCACAAUGGUGUAAAGGAACAACUACUGAUGCACCGAUGGAGGUAUCCAAGCCUGUCACUCCAUGGAAUUGAAGGCGCUGCCUUCCAGCCUGGUGCGAAGACUGUCAUCCCCGGGAAGGUCAUUGGAAAAUUCUCAAUUCGUAUCGUCCCUAACCAGGAGCCGGAGGAAGUCGAGAAACUUGUGUUUGACUAUGUUCACAAGAAGUGGGAAGAACGCGGGUCUCCCAACAAGAUGCGUAUAACUGCUCAGUCCGGACGCGCUUGGACCGAGAACCCUGAACAUCCACACUACCAAGCCGCUGCUAGAGCCACACGACUCAUAUACAAGACUGAGCCGGACAUGUCUCGUGAGGGUGGAUCCAUACCAGUGACGAUCACGCUCCAAGAGGCCAGCGCCAAGAACGUGCUGCUGCUGCCCAUGGGCGCGGGAGACGAUAUGGCGCACUCACAGAACGAGAAGAUCAACGUCCGGAACUAUAUAGAGGGGAUCAAACUCUUCGCUGCAUACUUAUAUGAAGUCGGUAAACUACCUAAAUAGGUAUCCAUAAGAGUGUUAUGAGGUUCAUAAUAAUAUGCAUAAUAAAUAAUAUCAAUAGUAUAUCAAGGGAUUGCCAUUUAUAGACAUUCCUUCGUGCCAUUAUAUUAACAGUUUUCUUUUUAUUCAAUGCCAAGCAUUUACUGAGCAUAAUAAUAAUAAUAAUAAAUAUUAAAAGAGUACAAGUUGUAAAUAAAUUUUACUCAUACUAAUAGACUGUUUUUCACUUCGUUUCUGAAAUUGGUGUUAGUUUAUUUUAAUUUUUAUUUUAUAUUCGACUAUUGUGUUGCUAUUUUUGCAUAUUUUUUUUUUCUUCAGUAUUUAGAUUGUCAUUAUUUACAGCGGUGUUUGUUCUAAUAAAAUUAUAUAGCUAGAUUAAAA